CUUUUUUUAUCUAUUUCCACAAAAGUUUUGGAGCUUACUCAGAAAAGUCUGGUCUUUUACUGUAUUCCGACAAUGGCCAUUGAAGACCACCAGAACCCAAAUCGAGUAAUCAAUCCUAAGAACAGAACAAUCAUGGGAGGUGUUGAACAAGAGGAAGAUGAGAAGUGGUGGCCUUCAUGGUUGAAACCUUUACUUAAAGAGCCCUUCUUUGUUCAAUGCAACUUUCAUGGACACACACCUAAAAGCGAAUGCAAUAUGUAUUGUUUGGACUGUACUAAUGGCUCUCUUUGCUCUCUCUGUCUUGCACAUCACAAGGGUCAUCGUACCAUUCAGAUAAGGAGAUCAUCAUAUCAUGAUGUGAUAAGGGUGAGUGAGAUUCAGAAGCAUUUGGAUAUCUUCAGCAUUCAGACGUAUGUGAUCAACGCCGCAAAGGUUGUGUUUUUGAAUGAGAGGCCUCAGGCUAAACCUGGUAAAGGAGUUACUAACGCCUGCAGUGUCUGUUCUCGUGGCCUUGUCGAUGAUUGCUUCCGCUUCUGCUCUCUCGGCUGCAAGGUAGCAGGAACUUCUAGAAGCUUUGAGAAGAGAGUGAAGAAUACAGCAAUGGAAUCAGAGAAUUCAAGCAACAGUUCAGGAGUAGAGGAUAACAUUCUAAAUCCACAGAGUUUGACCCCAUCAACACCUCAACUUCCUAGUUCUACUUCUUUGAGAAAAAGGCUAAGAAAGGGAUUCCCUUAUCAAUCUCCACUACAAUGAGGUUUUGUCGCAAAGAAGAAGGGUUUAAAGCUCAAUACAAGACACAACAUAAAAGGUUACUAAAGAAAGGCCUUAGUAAUAAUAACUAGUAAGUGUAUAUAUAUGAUGAUCAUCCUCUUGUCCAUUCUUAAAUGUGAUGCCAUUGAGGCAUGGGGGAUUUUAGGGUCUUAAAGUGGGAAUAAGACAAGAUAUUGAGGGC